AUGCCAUCGAGCCUGUUCCAGGUCGCUCGCCUCACCCGGCCAGCGAGGAUACGGUGCCGGCCAACAUUGGCGCUCUUGCCUCCAUCACAGCUCCCUCACCAUCGCACCUUCACGCCAUCCGCAAUUACGGCACGAACAGUGACACCAAAGCGCGACCUCGGCGUCCCCGAGAACUUGCAUCGCAAGUCUGAGAAGUCAGACUAUGAGCAGGCCAUGAUGCUUGCAGAUUCUGGCAGCGGCAAUGACAAGGAAGCCAUCGCUCGUGAGAUGCGCACGUCCAAGCUGCCUUCCUUGUUCAAGUACAUGGCGCUGAAGAAGAUGAACGCCGCCAUCGAAACUACGAAAUCCAAGAAGGUCCAGGAUGAGACUAUCUUGGCAGCUGCGUCGUCGUUUGCUCCAGAGAAGGGACCUUCCUCGCCACUGGACAAGCCCCGCCAGCCAGUCCCGGGAUCUUCCAAGGCUGAAAUCGUCACCGAGCAAGGACUUCGUCGCAACCCGGUCGGUGUGCAACUGCUCUCCAAGCGCAUGCACGAACAGAUCUUCCCUGGCAAGCGACUCCCUGCAGCACCAUCAGCCCUAUUGAGCGUUUCCAAGAGUCACCUCGCCGACAAUGGCCUGUCUCCGGUCGGAGCCGCCGUGCUGCCUGAAAUUUCGUUUGAUUUGCCACCACUGGAAGGAAACAACAUUCGCGAGCACUUUCAUGCCGUGGGAGCACACACGGCCGAGCCAUACCGCUCCAUGGCCAAGGAGUUUGCCGACGCAGACCUUCCGCCUGUACCUGAGAAGUGGUCGGUUGACAGACCAGGUUGGGUGCGCUAUGGACUAGACGGCAGCGUGACGCCCGUGGACAACCUGAGUGGCGAGACUCUGGUGUGCUUCGACGUGGAGACGCUGUAUAAGCUCUCCCCUUACCCCGUUAUGGCCACCGCGGCCAGUCCCAACGCCUGGUACUCUUGGUUGAGCCCAAACAUCUUUGAGGAGGCACCGACGGAGGAGGCAGAGCCGCGCCCUCAAUGGGAUAAGACUUUGAACGAGCACCAUGCCCGCACUCUUGUUCCGCUGUUUGGCGACAGCAAGCUCCCGUCCAUUGCUAUCGGUCACAACGUUGGCUAUGAUCGUCAGCGCGUCGCGGAAGAGUAUUCUCUGGACCGCACACCGACCAGAUGGCUUGAUACGCUCUCCCUUCACGUAGCCACUCGUGGCAUCACGUCUGUUCAGCGCCCGACCUGGAUCAAGCAUCGGAACAACAAACGUGACAAGAUCAAGAACGACUUGGACACCAUGGACAUGCUGCAACAGGAGGCGGCCAGCAGUGGUGAUGCGCUUUUAUCAGAAAGCUUGCGAGAGUGGAAAGCAAACAUCAACGAAAGUGAUCCUCAAGUCGAAGUACAGACCUGGGAGGAGACGACCAGCGUAAACUCUCUUGCCGACGUGGCCAAACUCCACUGUGGAAUUGAGGUGGACAAGAGUAUCCGAGACACAUUUGGUGACGAGAAGGUCAAGCAUGCGUCUCAACUGCGGCCCGACCUCCAGGACUUGCUAAAGUACUGCGCCAACGACGUCAAGGUCACACACGACGUGUACAAGGUCGUCUUCCCGCUCUAUCUUACCAGCUGCCCACACCCUGCGUCGUUUGCAGGUGUCCUCUCCAUGGGUAACAGCUUCCUGCCCGUCGACCACAGCUGGGGCAAGUACCUGGAGGCUGCCGAAUCCAUGUACCAGGACCUGCGUGAGGACGUCCGCGUGGCCCUCCGCACCCUUGCCGAUAGGUUGAAGAGGGAAGGCCAAAACGACCAAGACCCCUGGACCAGGCAGCUUGACUGGUCGCCCAAGAAUGCUCGAUGGCCAGACGGCUUUGGAGAGGACCCCGCCGGUGCUUCCACUGAAGCCGCCGAGUCUACUCUUGAACCAGUUCCGUCUGCCAGCACUGUGCCGACGUUACCACAAUGGUACGAGCCUAUUGCGGCCAAGCGUGACACAGUCUUGGAGGCCAAGUUCCAGCGAGACAUUGUCCCAUUACUCCUCAAGAUUUCGUGUCACGGUUAUCCCGUGUAUCAGAUCAAGGGACAUGGCUGGUGUUUCUCUGUCCCUUGGGACACGAUGCCCGACUUCAUCGACCUCCACGGCGCCCCUAUCGAGCUUGGACCUGGGGAAAUCGCCCUGGAGCCAUUGGCUGAGCAAUUUGCAUUCUUCCGCUGCUCCCUGAUGGGAGCCAGCAAGCGCACCAAGCUCACUGGCGCCACCAUUGCCAAGGACGUUAAGAAGGGUGUCCUCACGAGCCCUUAUCCCGAGCUUCUCCAGAAGCUCACCAAGGGUAUCAAGGAUGUCGAGGACGAGCUCGUUGCCCUUGCCGAGGAGACCAGGAAGGCUGGAUCCCAGGACAGCUGGAGUGCUCAGUUGGACUGGACCACUUCAACUGGCGACGCGAAGAAGUCUACCGCGGCCUCCCGCAAAAAGGAAGCUGUUCAUGGCACUUGGCCAAAGUGGUUCUGGGACCUCACUGCAUCCCCGACGAGCAAGAAGCAAAAGUUUGGUGAGCUGGACUUGACAAUGCGCAAGACCCUUGCUCCCCUCCUUUUGCGCAUGAAGUGGCAGGGAUACCCUCUGGCAUAUAGCAAGGAGCACAAGUGGAUCUACCGUGUGCCCAAGGAGGAAGUCUCCAAGGAUACCAACUCGUCCCUUGCCGAGGUCAAGGCUGUCCACUUCAAGCCCGUGGCUGGCGACGAACGGAUUGCCGAGGACACAGAGUACGCAUACUUCCGCCUUCCGCACAAGGAUGGCGAGGGAAACAAUGUCGGCAACCCGCUAUCGAAAGCGUUCCUCAAACCCAUGGAGUCGGGAGAGCUCUCAAGCGCCCUUGCCGAUGACCCGGAUCAGCAGCUUGCCGGCGCGGCCAAGACGGCGACCAACAUGAACGCCCUGUGCUCGUACUGGAUUUCUGCGCGUGAGCGCAUCAUGGGCCAGUUUGUCGUGUUCAAGGAUGGCGCCGAGCAGGGUAUGAUCCUUCCCCAGGUCAUUACGAUGGGCACCGUCACCCGGCGUGCUGUGGAGGCCACCUGGCUUACCGCAUCAAACGCCAAGAAGAACCGUGUUGGUUCCGAGCUCAAGUCGAUGGUUCGCGCGCCCAAGGGUUACUCCAUCGUCGGUGCCGACGUCGAUUCGGAGGAGCUGUGGAUCUCGAGUGUCAUGGGCGACUCUCAGUUUGGCCUCCACGGCGCCACGGCUAUUGGGUGGAUGACUCUUGAAGGCACCAAGUCGGCGGGUACGGACCUGCACUCCAAGACUGCCAGCAUUCUGUCCAUUUCGCGUGACGCGGCCAAGGUGUUCAACUAUUCGCGUAUUUAUGGUGCAGGCAAGCCCCACGCCAUCCAGCUUUUGCUCCAGGGUGACGGCAACCUCACCACUGAGGCUGCCGACCAGCUGUCCACCAACCUACGUUUCCGCUCCAAGAACAAGGGUGUCGCCGCUGCCGGAUACAUUUGGCAUGGUGGCUCCGAGUCUUACCUCUUCAACACGCUUGAAUCCAUUGCCCUCAUGGACCGCCCCACGACCCCGGCUCUUGGUUGCGGCGUGACUCGUGCUUUGCGCAAGUCGUUCCUGGACGCAGGUCACAGCUACCUGCCCUCGCGCAUCAACUGGGUCGUCCAGUCGUCGGGUGUCGACUACCUCCACCUUCUCAUCUCUGCGAUGGAGUACCUUACAGCCAAGUACGACAUCAAGGCGCGCUACCUCAUCUCAGUACACGAUGAAGUCGCCAACGCGUGGACUCGUGCCCUCUUCUGCUACAACCUUGGUCUGGACGACAUGCCACAGGGCAUUGCCUUCUUCUCGGCUGUGGACGUAGACCACGUCCUCCGCAAGGAGACGGACAUGACGUGCGUGACACCGUCGCACCCGACCGCUCUCUCUCCAGGAGAGAGUCUCGACAUUGACCAAGUUCUCAAGAUCACUGGCGGAUCGCUGGGCACCGACGUGCUCCCCAACCCACUCCCCCGUGUGGCAGACCCCGGCCCGCCCGUGCGCAUAUUUGACGACCUCGCUUCCCCUGCCCACAAGCGCUACCUCGUUGCUCAGGCAGGCACAUCGGCGCGUAACGCCAAGAUGUGGCUCGACAGCCAGCCUCCCCUCCCCGACCAGCCGCCACCAAAGGCCAAAAAGGCUACCAAGCCUCGCACGCCCAAGGCGACAGUCCAAACUGCCGACAUUUCUGACAUUUCUGAGUCUACCAAAGUCUCUUUUACCCCGCCUGAUAUCCCCCUCGACCUCUUGGCCGCACUCAAGGAGGACGUAGAGUAUGCGCACUUGACCGACGACGAGGGACUGGGUCACAGCCGAAGCUGGGACAAGGACUGGACGCCGCCCAAGGACAUGUACUUCCACCCACAGAUGAUGUCGCACAAGUAG